CCUUACAAAGCAGCAAAAGGGACUGUCUUGUGUCAGUUAUUUGUCUGUGCAAAAGCCAUCUGGCCUUGAAAAGGAACUGCCUGUGCUGGGCCUGAAGAUACUGCAACAUUACUUUGUAGACUCAUUCUCUCCUAUGAUGUCUGACGAAGUGACCUAUGCAACGCUUAUGCUUCAGGAUUCUGCAAGAGUGGGAAGUCAUCAGGAUAGAAAUAACCUAAGAAAAGAAGGAUACCCAGCUCAAUCCUCCAUUUGGCGAGGAGCAGCCUUGAGCCUGAUGACCCUCUGCCUGCUGCUGGUGACGGGACUGGUGACCUUGGGGAUUAUGUUUUUACAGAUGUCUAAUGAUAUUAACUCAGAUUCAGAGAAGUUAAGUCAACUUCAGAAAAUCAUCCACCCACAGAAGGACAAUCUGUCUGAGUCACUGAACAUCUCUACGAAGGAUCCCACAGAAGAAUCUCUCCAGUCCCAGAUCUCUGCCCUCCUGGAGAGGCAGGGACAGAUGGCUACCAAGCUCUGCAAGGAAUUCCUCAUCCACACUUCUGACCAUAAGUGCAAUCCUUGUCCUAAGACAUGGCAGUGGCAUGGAGACAGUUGCUACUAUUUCACAGUUCAUGAAGAGAAAUCCUGGAGCGACAGCAGAAAGGACUGUACAGACAAAAAUGCCACUCUGGUGAAGAUUGACAGCAUCAAAGAAAGGGAUUUUCUUCAGACACAGCCAUCACUCACUCUCUCGUUUUUUUGGCUGGGAUUGUCCUGGAACUCAACUGGCAGGCACUGGCUAUGGGAAGAUGGUUCGUCUCCCUCUCCAACCCUAUUUAGUGAUCAGGAGCAUGCCAGGUUCAAUGGAUCCAGUGGUUGUGCUUACUUUGAAAGAGGGAAUGUUUACAUUUCUCGCUGUAGUGCUGAAAUUUAUUGGAUUUGUGAGAAGACAGCUUCCCUGGUGAAGAUUGAAGAUUUGGAUUGAUUUGACUUUUCUAAGAGUAUCAAGAAGUAAGGACCCAUUGCAAACCCAAGCAAGAAAGAAGAAAGCUUUGGUAUUUGAGACAAAAACUGACUAAAAAGUGAUUUACUUCAACAAGCCCACAGACAAACUUGCGUCACAGAACAUUCUCCACUUCACUGUCUGAUCCUCUGACUUGGUGUUUUCAUUAUUUCUGUCUUACAGUGAUCCUAAGUACCCAGGAAGUAACAUGUCACUUCAGGCUGCCUCUCCAUAAACACUGUUCCUUGCUUUACUCUUUCAUGUGUUCACACACAGACUUGGUAUUAUUUAAAUAUUAACCACCAGACCAACAUGGGCCCAUGUAAUGGAGCAGGUUCUAGAAGACCCCUGUUAUAAAGACUUCCCAAUUCUGUAGAGUUUUGAGGAAGUCCGAAGUAAAGAACCUGGAACAGCAGGGCUAUAUUGUUGACUUAGAAAUUCUUUACUCUUUUAGAGAUUAUCUGAACAGCUAAUCAGUCUCCAUGUAGAGAUUAACUCUGCUUUGUCUUCCUAUGAAACUACACUACCAAUUCUCAUAACUGAUAGACUAUUUCAUAACUGAUGAAAUAGGAUGAACACUGCAUCGUAGUAUUUUCAGCAUUUAUCUAAACUAAUAAUAUUCAGGCUAUCAAUUUUGUGAACUUGGUUCUAUCAGAAUAAUAAAGAUGUUUAUGCUCUUA